AUGCCGUGGAUAAAGUGUCUGGGUGGCGGAGGCGGAAACGCCAGAAGAGGCAAACCACUCAGCGUCAGCCAGCCGAUCCACCUGCUCGUCAAGACCGAAUUCGAACCGCAAUGUCACGUGUUCCGGACGAAGCAGCUGCGCAAACCGCGACCGUGCCAUUUGUGCCAUCAGGCGGUCAUCAAGCAGGCAUCGUGCUGCCGAGUCUGCAAGUACAUCUGCCACAAGACCUGCGAGGACAAGGGCGCUAGAUUCCGGGACACCUCGCAACAGAUCCACAAGCAAUGGCAGGCUGAUCCAGCAAGAGCGUUUCCAACAGUUGGCACCGUUACCACAGGUUCGGUCUCCCCCACGUCGGGGGAGAUCUCAACCCCGAAUUCGACUCCCAGUCCGAGCCCUAGUCCGACCAACAGUCAACAAGUCGUGCAUAAUGGGGGUUACGAGUCACAACCGAAGAAUGUCAACAGCAUCGCCAGGAGUAAGCAGCAACAACAGAUUCAAACGUCCUCGUCGUCGACGACACCCGCGAGGACGCCAGGCGUCGGAGCGGACGCGACCACGACAGGAUCAGGGAAGGUCGGAGGAGGCCGCGUGACUGAGGUGAUGGAGUUCUGUUACGUCACGCAGAGGAUCAUCGCUCUUUGGUACAGAGAGGACGCCCAGGGAGUCCUCGAGCACGCCACCACGCUUCUGCGAGGGAAGCACGCUGAUAAUUACAUGAUAUUCAACCUGUCCUCACCUGGUCGCUCAGGGGAGCCGAACACCAGAGAAGCAGGCUGGCCACAGGGACUGGCGCCCAGUUUGGAAAGGCUCUGCGCCCUAUGCAAGGAGCUGGACUCCUGGCUGAACGGUGCCCCGAAUCGCGUGGUCGUUCUACACGCCAGGGGAAGCAAAGAACGAUUGGGUGUGGCUGUCUCCGCGUACAUGAACUACAGCAGCAUCUGCGGUGGAGGUGACCAGGCGCUGGACAGGUUCGCCAUGAAGACAUUCCUCGACGACAAGAUUGGAUCCCUGCAGGUUCCGUCACAUCGAAGAUACAUCAAGUACUUCAGCGGGCUGCUCUCAGGCUCCUUAACAAUCAAUCAGUCGCCCCUCUAUUUAACGCAUCUCACGGUUCUCGGGGUUCCGUUAUUUGAACCGACUGGUUGCCGAGCAUUCCUCAAGGUCUACGAAGGGCUCACUCCAGUCUACACCUCGGACCUUUACUCCGUGACAAACGCACGAGAAUUCACGGUUAAUCUCGGCGGUCUACGUCUCCGUGGUGACAUUCUGGUGAAAUGUUACCACAGGGUGUACUCGAAGCAAAGUCGGGAGGUGAUGUUCUCCCUUCAGUUCCAUACAUGCGUGAUUGCGGAGAACGUGGUGUCCUUCCCUCGAUCGGAGCUGGACGUUGCCUGCGACGAUCCAAGGUGUCCUCCAGACAGCGUGGUGACCUUAUACUUCGCCACGGACGCGAAACGUCAGGACGGUCCUAUUCCAGCCCCGACGCCUGCUGUACCACACACCUCGGCCCAUCACGACCCGAUCUUGCACUGGGACAGCUACACGAAUCUCGAGAUCAGCGAUGACGAAGGACGGGAAACACCAUUAUCACCGCCGCCACCAUCGAGCUCCUCCGUUCAGACGUCACCUCGUGGAUUGGAUUACACCUGCGGUCCCAUAGAUGGAUCCCUGUACGCUGUGGUUCACCAGGGUGCUGCCGGUGGUGCCCGUGGUUCGCCAUUGACAGUUUCCAUGGACAGUGGCAUCAGCAGUGCUCCACCGCAGCGACCAAGCCCGCCCGAGCCAGAGCCCGACAACCAGGCUCAUGGUGAUCUUGAUAAACUCCUUCAUGAUAUGAUGCUUACUGUCGAGUCGAUGCCGGAUCCUCCGUCAGAGGACUACAGAGCAGACAGAAGCGAUAAGAUGUACAUCCAGGAAACUCGUAGCUACAGCAGUCACACGAGCAAUUCUCCAUCUACGUAUUCCACUCUGAAGGACUCGUACAGAGGCUGGAAAGAGUCCAGUCCACCGUACAACUCGAGCAGCAGCUACAGCACCCUGAAGAACGAGUACAGAGAACCGGCCAAGAUCGAGCAUCGUCGCGAAGAGUUCGAUUACCGUGUGUCGCCUGAUCGAAAAAUGGAGUCUACGACUGAGUCGUACAGAAAGCACAACACGGAGUCCUUCUCACCGGCUGGGAAUAUCGAUUUUAUCGACGAGGACAUCCCCUAUCACGCCAGACAGACCAGCCAACCGUUCUCGUACGGGGCGACCACGGACAUGAUCAAACACCAAAAACUCUCGUCGCCGUCUUUGGUCAGGAAGGCUUCCGUUAGGGGCGCCGCGCCUGUGGUGGACUUUGAGGACAUCCUGGGGGAGAACUCGAGGCGACCCAUUAGUCCUUUGAGCCCGAACACGCCCGAUCCGCCGCCGGAGUUCGCUAAUGGGCCGGUGAAGACAAGCUCGGACUAUGUCGACGGAUUAUCCUGGCUGAGGCAGCAGCAGUUGAAGCUCGCUGCGAGAAGGGAUGAAAGAAACCCAGGCAAACUAUGGCGACAGGAGACCGGAAACCGUGUGAUCGGCGAGCUGAGAAGCUUGCAAAGAGGAAGGCUGAGGCACGAUGGAUACGCGAGCGAUUCGGCGGUUCUGGAUGACGACGACGAGACGUGGACACCGCAUUCUAUUUCCGGACAGACUCAGUCGAGGCCACUUCCGUACACCUCGGCGCCAGCCAGUCCUCUGCUUCCGCAACGAUCUAGCAGCCGGAAGUACAACGGUACCGCCGGAACAACCGGUACACUAGGAAGACCACGAGCGGAAAGCGUGAACGAACGUCCCUUCAUGUCGGUGAAACGUGCCUACGAAUACCGCAAAUACGGCGACAGCCAGAGCCCUCCGACAUCCCCCCGCUCAAGCUUAGCCGCCGCCCAACCCUUAGGAUUAUCAAUGCAGCAACAGGCAACGUUUAUUAACACGGAGAAACCGCAACCACCGCGGCCGGAGUCGCGGAGCGACAGUUUUGCCCGGGCGGACGCUUUCUUGCGCGAGCAUCGGCAGCAACAGCAGCAACUGGCCGUGAACAACAAUAUGGGGAAUCACGUGGAGCAGCAGAAGCAAACGAUCCUGCAAGAAUACGCCUCGAUUCCAGGUCGAAAUACACGACCGGAGUCGCGAAACCGAUUAUAUCAGAGCUGCACCAGAGUGGCCAACAACGACAGGAUCGCAGACCACAUGGACGCCGGAUUGCUGACUGUAGUUGACCAGCAAUCUACAGCUCAGACGACCAUUAACCCUCUCGUGAGCCUGAUUCAGUCACUGGCCGACAUUUCGCCCGUUCGAUCUCCAUCCGUGACUAACAAGACCGAGAACGAUCAUCCCGCGAACGUCAGCCAACCGACCACGACCACCUCGAGCAGCAACGUUGCUAACAGCACUAAUUGCUCCCCUAACCAGUCGCCCAAAGCAUGGCAGAAUUGCACCCAGUCGCACAAUGACACGGUGUCAUCGUGGACCGAGAGGAGCGUCAGUCCCGGAAGCGCCGUGGUCGGUGGCGCCUCGAGGCCCCAGACACCGGCGUUUCCGGUGCAUCCACGGACCCCGUACGUCAACAACUCGUCGCCAACGGUGACGUUCGCCUCCGAUCGCGCUUACAUCACCUCGAACUCUGGCUACAACGCGAACAACAAUAACAACAACAACAACGUGAACAACAUUGAGACAGGCGGGAACAACAACAACAACGUCGGGAACUACGCCAGCGAACGAACGAUCUACAUCGAGGAACGAAGAGACGUCUCGAAGGAAUCGGGGCUUCCACCCAAGAGUCCGACAACACAGAGACGCUUGAGUUUCCCGGCAAGCGGGCCACUUAAACAAACGCAUAACAAACGAUGGCCGCUCACUAACCAAUCGGCGUCGUUCGACUAUAGCAAGGACCGAUCUGUAUCUCCGAUAAACGAGUCGACGAUGUCGCAGUCGCAAACCAUCACACGCAGCCCCGGUACACCGACUCACAUCGAAUUCGCCCAAAGUCCCAAGAGCGCCGCGUCGUACACAUCCAUAAACAGCGGCGGUCAGUCGUCUCCUCAGGUUCAGUAUUACGGCUCGAGACGGUCGAGCGUUCACUCGAACACCGAGCCUCAGGAAGUGGCCGAUGCCAAUGUUAAAUUUGUCCGCGACACCAGCAGGAUCUGGUACAAGCCAAACAUAUCUCGGGAGCAAGCAAUCUCGAUGCUGAAGGAUGCAGCGCCAGGUACGUUCGUCGUUCGAGACAGCAACUCCUUUCCAGGAGCGUUCGGACUCGCCUUGAAGGUAGCAACCCCGCCACCAGGUGCGCCGAGCAGCCCAAGAGAUCCAUCCAGUGAGCUGGUCAGGCAUUUCUUGAUCGAGCCAACAUCUAGAGGCGUCAGGCUAAAGGGAUGCGCGAAUGAGCCUGUUUUCAGUUCUCUGUCGGCAUUGGUUUACCAGCACAGCUUAAUGGCGAUGGCUCUGCCUUGCCAGCUGUUGCUACCCGAGCCAGAAGCUGCUGCCAGGGCUCUCGACUCACCUGGUGCUAAUAGCGCGCAGCAGUGGCUUGUACAGGGUGCAGCCUGCAACGUUCUCUACCUGUUCACCAUUGACACGGAAUCCCUGACCGGGCCCCAGGCCAUCAAGAAAGCGGUCACGACCAUGUUCGAUCAGAAACCAUUGCCCACCGCGACCAUCGUUCACUUCAAGGUCUCCUCGCAGGGGAUCACGCUGACGGAUAACGCGAGGAAGCUUUUCUUCCGCAGGCAUUAUCCGACCAAUAAUAUUAGCUACUGCGGCCUAGACACCGAGGAACGCACCUGGGACUCGUCCAACGAGGACACGGGACGACCAGUUAGCGCUCAUCGAUGCUUCGGUUUCGUGGCAAGAAAACCAGCCCACAAGACGGAUAAUCAGUGUCACGUUUUCGCCGAAUUGGAGCCAGAGCAACCGGCCACGGCGAUCGUGAAUUUCGUCAACAAAGUCAUGAUGGGCAGCUCCCUAUCCAAGGCCAACAUCGUCUAA